AUGACCGGGCUCCCCGCUGUCCUUCUCGCCGCCUGCGCAGCCCUCCUGGCCCUCGCCUCGCCAUUGCUCGCUGGCGACCCCGACAUGCUCCAGGACUUCUGCGUCGCCCACUACAAGUCCCUCGAAGGCCCACUCCGUCUAAACGGCUUCCCUUGCAAGAGGCCAGAGAACGUGACGGCAAACGACUUCUUCUCCGACGUGCUGUCCCGCCCGGGCAACACCAGCAACCCGGUCGGCUCUGCGGUGAAGAUGGCGAACGUGGAGAAGGUCUCCGGGCUCAAUACCCUGGGUGUCUCCAUGUCCCGGGUCGAUUACGCUCCGUGGGGCUUGAACCCACCGCACACCCACCCGCGCGCCACCGAGAUCAUCUACGUGCUCGAGGGCUCCCUUGACGUCGCCUUCGUUACCACCGGCGGCAACCUGUACGCUCGCACGGUCUGCAAGGGCGGGCUCUUCGUCUUCCCCCGUGGCCUCGUCCAUUACCAGAAGAACACAGGCGGUGCACCGGCCGUGGCCAUCUCGGCAUUCAACAGCCAGCUUCCCGGCACGCAGUCCCUCGCCAUGGCACUGUUCGGGGCGUCGCCGCCGGUGCCCACGGACGUGCUGGUUAGGGCGCUCCAGAUCGACGGUGGCGUGGUGGAGGCCAUCAAGUCCAAGUUCGCGCCUAUGAACUAG